ACGACAUGAAGCAUGUGCAUAAAGAGUUUUUCGAUACAACAGCACUAGCAAAACUAGUAGUAGCGCAUUUAGUACAGAGUAAUCUUGCUAGCCUAAGCAUCUGCCUCAUUAAGAUGAAGCUUUUCCUUGUUGGUAACAGUUAUCUGUACUACCACAACUUGCAGCACCUCCUCCGUGAAUUCCGAAGCGAGCAAAAGCAGCCUAGCAAAGCCGCCAAUGAAAAACUCACGAGGAUCCUACAACUGACCGAAGGUGGUAAGAGUCUCGCUGACCUGGCGGACGACUUCGUUGCUAUCCUAAAUGGUGGCUUCGAUCCUGACGCGAUUAUCCUACAGGAUUUCUCGACUGGUCCUAGUAAUGCUGAGCAUAGACGAAAAAUAUGCGACGUCUUGAAGACGAAGUAUGUCCCGGCAUUGACAAAAUGGUUGGAGAUGGACCGGCAAGUAGGUGAUGAACAAGAAGCUAGUUCCCGUAGUGGUGCAGCUUCAAGUUCAACUAGCAGAAUUCAAGACACGAGCAAGAAGUACAACAAGCGUGUCUUUUUCUAUUGUACACAUGCUCGUGCGCAGUACAUGCUUGAAACUGCAGAACUACGAGCUCGCUAUAACUGCGCAGACUUUCGAUCAACUUCAGAAAAGCAGAUGGGAGAAGCACUCGAGCAGGGCUAUCUAGAAUACAUCUCCGUCUGUCGCGGCAGAGGCAUUCCUGCGAUCCUGAUUCCUGUUGGACGCGCAUGGUUUGAGUUUCGCGAAAAGAUCAAGAGAGAUGCUAUCGCGGAAGAACUGGAGAAAGAACGACUCAAGGCCGAAGCUAUUGAAGCUGAGUUACAGAGAAAACGGGAGAAAGUCGGAGCACCUAGAAGUAGUAGACCUGGAACUGCUAAUAGCGCUGCAGGAGGAACAGCGACAUCCGGUUUCUCGUCGUCUUCAACAGCACGACAAAUUCAAGAAGUAGAAGACCAACUGCAGCUACAAGAAGAGAGCAGGUUCAAGUUCAACCCCGAUAGCCUAUUUCAUGACGACUCUCGCGCACAUCCAUCAGUUUUGGGGAGUUUUUUCAUCGCGUUAUGUCUUUGGAAAGCUCUUUUUCGUGUGGAAAAAGUAAACUGCAGUAGUGCUAUGUGCACAUUGGGAUAUAACUGUGGGGUGUUGUUAGAUUUAGAUAGUCCUGAUGAUACAAUUAUGGGUUCAACAGAAAUACAAAUGAAGAAGAGAAAAACAUCAACAAACAUGGGGAACAAGGUCGAACCACCGGUGCCUGUGCCACCUACCGAAAGUAGUAAAGCUAAAGCUACAAUAGAUGUGCAAAGCACCAAGUCAUUCCAGCUGGGCUCGUUACAUCCAAGCGUUUUCAAGAAGAAAGUUGAUGCUUUGAAAGUUUUCAUCAACCCUUCUAAAACUGAAGACGAUGGAAGCACUGUUGGGCAAAAUGCGUUUCAGAUGAUUCGUGACUACUUAGAUGCUCAUAUCGUUUUUGGUCACAGCGAAAGCAUGGUUGCGUCAUUUCAUGUCAGGACUACUUCGUAGUUAUAGUCGGAGAACUGCUUCCAAGAACUUCAACUUUGAGUUGUACCUGCUUGCGCUUAAUUCGGCAGGUCGUGCUUGUGUACAUUACAACAUGCUCGUGACAAGAUGCGCGCUACCUGCUACCCCGUUA